UCGACGCGGGUGAGGUGGCAUGAAACGUGGAUGGCACCGAGCGGGGUGAAGCGGUGCGCGAGCCUCAGGAUCGUUGCCGUUCCGCACUGCCACCGCCACGUCUCAUAUCGCAAUCUUCGUCUUCCAGCAUGGCUUCAGCGCCAACAUAAAUGCGUCGCUUCCGUCUCUCAAGUCCCAUAAUCCACGCAUAGAACCAUCAUGGGCGCCGCUGCAAGCUCUAUCGCCUCAGUCGCCCCAGUUGACGCCAUCGUCCCCGACAAGGCCGAAGGUCAGGCACCGACCGGCCCCCUAUCGCCAUUCCCGCCCGAAAUCAUCGAUGCAAUGCUCGACUAUCUCGAAUGGCCCGAAGUGCUUGCUCUCCUGCGCGUCAACAGCGUCUUCUACUCCGCGAUUGCGUGGCGUGUGGUCGACCGCGUACGUAUAUUCGAGCGGGACGGGGUGCUCGAGCUCGAGGCACAGCACACGGAACAGCGCCUCUUCCUUCCCCCCCGUGUUGUGUCGAAGUGGCUGCCCGUGCUAGUCGAGCAGGUCGACAUCUACCCGCACGCGGCGCGUUUGAUCCAUCCCCCUAACUGGCGGAUGUAUGAGCAGCACAAGUCGCCCGCGCUCGAAGCACUGUGUGGGCCCAAACGUCGCGCGCAGCCAGACCUGCCGAGCUUCCGCACGCUGCGCCUCUUCUUCGGUGGCGCGGAUGGCCACAACGUCUUGCACACGGACAUGCCGCCUUACGAGCAGCAUUACUUGUCGUGCCUCAUGGCCCCCACUCGUCGCCCCACCACCAUCACGCUGCGCGAUGUGCCCGCCAAAGCGCUCAAGCACCUCCACUCACUCCUCCCCGACGACUACUGCUAUCUCCUCGAGCGCCAAGUGCACGUGAUCGGCCCCGAUCUCGUGGGCGAACACGGCACCGUCAACGGCACGAUCUACCUGAACUGGUGGGCGGGCGGGCGAGCGCUCACGAAGCUCGAGAGCGCCGAAGUCGUAUUCUGGACGCCGACCGGCGGCGAGUGGCUGCCCAUCCCUCGCACGCGCGAGGCCGAGUGGUCCCACGGCCUGCUGCAGCGCUGGUUUGACCGCAUGCUCCGCACCCUCCAAAUGAGCUUCAUCGAGCUGUCGGGGCCUGCGCCGCCGCCAGAGCUGGUCCCUGGCACGCCGCAGCCGCGCCAACAGCCACAGGUGCGCCUCACGAUCGUCAAUGCCGGCGCGAUCAGCCCGGCGUGCUAUGCGCGUCCGGCCGACGUCACGCAGCCUGACAAGUGGGCGAGCUACCGCGCCCGCGAGGAUGCCGUCAAGGCCGCGUUCGACGAUGUUUGGACGAGCACAUUGCCGCCUACGCUUGGCGCGAAGCGCGCGCAGCUCGCCCAGCGCGUACGCUUCGUCUCCCUCGACGAGUGGGUGCAGGAGGGCCGGUGGCGGGGCGUGUUUGACCCAGCUGAAGUUGGGCUGGAGGGAUAGUUCCGACGAGAGUCAAUACAAGGACAAUACAACGACAAUACACAGACAUAUAAUGAGGGUUCCACAUUCAGUGCUCUAUGGCUGAACAUUCCUCGGAUCCUCGUCAAUUUAUCAACUUAUAAAUGGCGCUGCAUCCUCCACAGAGCUACGCCGACUCGCCAGCAGUGACGCUCAUUGGCAGGAUGCAUGUGUUGUGACAGAAAGCAGGGUUUGUGCGAGCG